GCUGUCCCUUCCCCCACCUCCGCCGCGCUGGAGGGGACCCUGUCGCCGCGGCGCGCUGCCGCGGUCGGUAGUCGCCAUGGACUCCCCGUGGGAUGACCUGACGCUGGCCUUCUCCCACACGUCCAUGUUUCCCUUUUUCGACAUCGCCCACUACCUCGUGUCGGUGAUGGCGAUGAAGCGGCAGCCGGGAGCAGCAGAGUUAGCACGUCAGAAUCCUGUUUCCAGCUGGUUCACUGCUAUGCUACACUGCUUUGGUGGGGGAAUUUUAUCCUGUAUGCUGCUUGCAGAGCCUCCAUUGAAGUUUCUUACAAACCAUACUAAUGUUUUACUGGCAUCUUCAAUCUGGUAUAUUAUAUUUUUUUGCCCAUGUGACCUAGUUUCCCAGGCCUAUUCAUACCUUCCUGUACAACUCCUGGCUGCUGGAAUGAAGGAGGUGACCAGAACUUGGAAAAUAGUAGGUGGAGUCACACAUGCUAACAGCUAUUACAGAAAUGGCUGGAUAGUCAUGAUAGCCAUUGGAUGGGCCCGAGGUGCUGGUGGUGCCAUUAUGACAAAAUUUGAGCAGUUGGUAAAAGGAGAUUGGAAACCAGGAAGUGAUGAAUGGCUGAAGAUGUCCUACCCUUCCAAGUUAACUCUGCUGGGGUCAAUUAUGUUCACGUUCCAGCACACUGAGCAUCUAGCAGUAUCGAAGCAUAAUCUCAUGUUCUUUUAUACUGUCUUUCUUGUGACCACAAAGAUAACCAUGAUGGUGACAGAGACUUCUUCUGUGACCCUUGCUCCUUUUGAGGAUACACUGAGUCGGGUGCUGUUCGGUUGGCAGAAACAAUUUUCAUGGUGUGAAAAGAAGAGUGAAACCAAACCAUCUUCCAAUGGCACUGGUUCAUCGGCCUCCAAACCUACAGCUGGUGCUUCGGAGAGUGUUAAGAAGAAGCAUGCUAAGAAGACUGGAUAAAUAUAUUUGAUGAACUCUAGAAGCCAGAAUUAUUUUUUCUUGCUAUCGGAUUGUGGUAAUAUUUCUAUGUAAAUGAUGUGAAAUAAAGAUUAUAUAUAAGAAAUAGUGACAAAAAGAAAGAGAUUCUUUCUAUUUCAGGGAGACUACCAUUUUCUUGAUUGUAAUUUUGAGUUAAGUGUGUAUCAGGUGAAUUUAUUUUUCUGAUAUUAAAA